AUGUACGAGGGGCUGGCAAUGCAGUGUGCGGAUGGAUACUCGGGCAGCCUNUGCGAGACGCAGGACACGACUCGGGCUCCCACGACCACCCGCGCCCCUACCACCACCACCACCACCACCACCACUACCCGGGCUCCCACCACCACCCCUAACCCCUGCGACUCGCACACUUGCAAAAACGGCGGUACCUGCCGCAUUUCCAACGGUCGUGCGUACUGUGACUGCAAGGAUGGCUACUCCGGGUCCCAGUGCGAGACUCGUAUCACCACCACACCCACCCCAACCACCAAAUGGGAUCCGUGCAACUCGGUCGACUGCAAGAAUGGCGGAACCUGCGACACUUGGCUCGGCUGGGCCUACUGCAAGUGUGCGGAUGGAUACUCGGGCAGCCUUUGCGAGACGCAGGACACUACUCGGGCUCCCGCCACCACUCGUGCCCCUACCACCACCACUACAACAGUCGACUCAGACAUUUGCCGAACAGGAUCAUACAAGGACAACUUCAGCUCAGGUGGCUAUUCUGGCAAUGAUGGCUCGCUUCACUUUGCGACAUCGUGGCAAGAGUAUGACGUCAAGGGCCACGGCUCAGCUGGCGGUUAUGCCUUGGUUUAUAACGGAGAUCUUUAUCUUCACGGUCAAAGCGAUGGAUCGGGCGAUACCUAUGCUUAUCGUCUGGCAAAUCUGCGAAACGUGCGGUCAGCUCAGCUUGCAGUCACCUUUCACUUCGUUGGCGAUGUGGAGGACGAUGACAAAGGGUUUAUCGCUGUCAGCCCCGAUCACGGUAACACGGUCCAGUACCUCGACUUUAUUCGGGCUGCGGAUUGCAGGGGCAAUACUCUGACUCGUACGUAUGACAUUUCAUCUUAUACCUCGGCAGAGUUUGUCGUCGCUUUUGGUGUCAAACAACAGAUGAAGGGCGACAGCGAGUACUUUGUGAUUGACGCGAUGGAGAUUGUGAUUGAGGCAUGCGACUCUGUCGUCACCACGACUUCGACCGCUCGCCCAACUACCACCACGACAACGACGACGACCGCUCGCCCAACCACCAAGCCUGCCGAUACCUGCCUGCGAGAGGUGGCUUGUGAAGCUGCACCCAAAGAGGCCUGCGAUCAGGAGUCGGCCCAAAUGGCCCUUGACUGUGGUCCCGGACUUGUCAUUCAGGUGGCUGGUGCUUUCUAUGGUCGGAUGGACACGACCACCUGCGAGGAUCCUCUGCACCGCGCCAACAGCAUGGUCUAUGACCAAUGUUUUCUUGAUAUCGAAGCAUAUGUGGAGCGUCAGUGCCAAGGCCAAGAAUCAUGCGCUUUGACAGCGUGCAAUGCUUUUGUUGGCCAGGACCCCUGUGUCGACACGUACAAAUACCUGCAGGUGGACUAUCGAUGCGUAGCACCACGUGAAGUGGAAAGUGAAGAACCCCACUGCAACGAACCAGUGCAGCCAACCACGACCACGACCACUACUGCUCGCCCCACGACCACGACCACCACGACAGCGCGUCCCACCACCACGACCACGACCACUGCUCGCCCCACCACCACAACCACCACGACGGCGCGUCCCACCACAACAACUUCAGCACAACAAUGCCCUGACCUGCCCUUUGAACUGACCAAUAAUGGGCUUGGUUUUACCAAUGGAGAUGUCUUCCAAGACGGAGAUACAGUCAACAUUCAGCUUGCUGAUGGCUCUGGCGCCAGCAUCCAUUUUGAAGGAAAAUGCCAGAACCGGGACACAUAUGAAUGUGCCGGGAAACGCCACGAAAUUGCCCAGUACAUUGGCGAGAGCUUUGUGCCGUGCACAUCAUCCAGCACCACGUCCUCAUCACGUGCCAGUUCAACUACGACAUCGGCAGCGCCUACUCGACCGGCGACACAGUCGACCACAACGAAUGCACCACAAACCACACGCCGCGACACCACAACGCCUUCUCGCGGCAGUGGAACCACACCUAGCGCGUACACCACGACGCCGGCGCCAGACUUUUACUAUGUUGAGGUCCGGUUCCCUGAUAUGAGCUUUUUUCUGAUCAUUGGGGACGCCGAAUCUUCUCGCGCCGGCCAGUUUGCUGCGUCAUUGUUUGAUCAGCUCGUGUCCAGCAGCUCAGCAGUGGUUGAUGCCAAGGACAUCCGAGAGAUUUCCUUGUCAGGCACAACAUAUAUUCGGGCCACGAUCGCAGUCACCACUGAGCGUGCUGCUGCUGCCAUUACUGCUCUGGUUGACAACGGCCUGUGCGUAACGAUGAACGAGCGUGCGUAUUGUACAGACGGUUCGAUCAUUGAUCUGACCCCUCGUAACGAUGACACGACAACGUCAACGACUGCAGCGCCAACCCGCAAUGGAGGAAGCAGUGAGCACGAUGGCUCAAACGGCAACAGCAUGGGUGGCGACGAAACCAUUGUGGAUUCAGGUGACUCUUCUCAGUCAGACCAAGGCAUGACGACGGGCGCCAUCGCUGGCGUGGCUGUGCUCGCCGUUCUAGUUGCCGUGGUUAUUGUUCUCGUGGCCGUGCGUGUGAGCCGCAAACCCAAGUCGCGCCGCCCUAGUCGCGCGAUGGAGCAGAUGUUUGAAGAUGACAGCAUCUACACAGGUUCCUCCACCUCCAUGGAUCGCUACCUGGACGCCAUGGACAAGCACAGCGGUGCCGCCGUACCUACGACAGGCUCGCUGAUGAGCGGUCCUGACUACGAGACAGCCAUGGCCCAGCGAACGGCGGCAACUGCCUUGGCAUCGGCAGACGCGGAUGGCUACAGCUAUGCCAUGAAUGAAGAUGGCACGUAUUCGCAGGCCAACGCUUUCUCCACGUAUAGCUUUGCGGAUCGUAGCAACGGUGGGUAUGACGUGGCCACGCAAGAUGAUGGCUACUACUUUGCCAUGUCGGACCACGGUGACGAGGGUGGCUAUGAUUCGCGCACAGUGCCAUCCGAGUUGGUAAAUCACGAUUACGACAGUGCCUCUGCUGUUUCCACCUUGGAGCCCGAGUACGAACGCAUGGAUCGUGCGGCCACAUUUAAUGAGGAGCAACUUUACACUGUGAAUGUACCCAACACGAUUCCGCCCACACCACCACCACUCCCCGUCCGACCCGCCAUGGUGCCACCAGCCUCGCGUGGAGGCGAUUUUGAAUUGGAACUGGCCCAACUCGCCACAGGCAUGGAAUCCACGGCCCAUCACGGCGGUUUGCGCCUUCGUACACCUUCCCCUAAGCUCGCUCGCCGAUAG